AUCUGCUCCGCUUCCCUCCAGCCUUUGUUUCCUCCAUUCCCCGCGCCAAUCCUGCCGCCUCCUGCUCGCGCGCUUACUGUAGCCGCAGCUUUCUCCACCCUUGGCAAUGGAGGCCGCGAUCGCUCACGCUCCAUCUGCUCCGGCCCUGCGCCGCUCGCUCAACCUCAACCCCACGCCCGCCGUCCGGCCGCACCCAAAACCCUGGCAGGGGGUGCUUUCGGCGAGGCACCCGUCGAACGCCGUCAGGUGCGAGCCGUCCCAGCGCCCAGAGGCGCGCCCGCGCCUGCGCGCUGCGCAGCCGGCUGGCGCUGACGCGGCGGUCGGGAGGAAGCGGCUGGCAGUGUUCGUGUCCGGAGGGGGAUCAAACUUCCGGGCGAUCCAUGAGGCCGCGCUGGGCGGCGCCGUGCACGGAGAUGUCGUCGCGCUUGUCACCGACAAGCCAGGUUGCGGUGGCGCGGAAUAUGCUACGAACAAUGGCAUCCCUGUGCUCGUAUUUCCCAAGUCCAAGUCUGCGCCCGAGGGGAUUUCGGUUGCUCAACUGCUGGAUACUCUGAGGGGAAACAAUGUAGACUUUGUUCUUCUUGCCGGUUACCUGAAGCUUAUACCCACUGAAUUGAUCCAGGAAUACCCAAAAUCCAUAUUAAAUAUCCACCCUUCUCUCCUUCCGGCAUUCGGAGGGAAAGGUUUCUAUGGUUCAAAGGUGCAUAAAGCUGUUAUUGCCUCUGGAGCAAGAUACUCGGGUCCAACCGUACAUUUUGUGGAUGAGCACUAUGAUACCGGUAAAACGUUAGCCCAGAGGGUUGUGCCUGUGUUCGCGGAUGACACGCCAGAGCUAUUGGCUGCAAGAGUCCUCCAUGAGGAACAUAUGGUCUAUGUUGAAGCAGUUGCUGCUUUGUGCGAGGACCGCGUCGUAUGGAGGGAAGAUGGUGUCCCACUUAUCAAAAGUCGGACAAAUCCAGCUGUGUACAUCUAAUUGACAAUACGGCAAUAGUAGCACUAUUUUGGAGUAAUAAUGGAAUUUGUAGAGCCCUUGCCACUUUUCCCGGUAAAAGGGGUACUUAGCAGUUGACGUAGGGUUGAUAUACAGGGCACAACUUAUUUGCCACCGAAACAUUUCCAUGCGUUGGAAGUGAGAAACAUUGCCCCCAAUAGGCCGCAGUAUCCAUUACUGCAUGGAACAAGGUUGAAAUUUUACCUUGAUUUGAGAUAACUAUCAAAUACUGCGAAUGCAUUAUUCUUCCGG